AUGUACCAAAUGAAGUCUGACAGCCUAAUUCGACACUCAGAAGGUCGGUAUGAUCCCAGAUUCAAUACAACUGAUUCAAUGUUUCGCUACUCCUCUUCGCCAACACAACUGUCAGCAAACGACAGGUUUGCGAAGUCGCAAGAACGAAACGGGCUAACCGAGUUCAUGAGACCGAAAUCGGCUGCUGUGAUGCAGAAUCAAAUGAGAAACACCGGGGAGGCUCAAAGGAAGACCCGAUCAAUUUCUCAGAAAGUUGAUCUGGUGUCCGGCCGUGGAGGUGUUGGUGAACAGCGCUAUGAUGCGCGCUACAAGAUCCUGCUUUUAGGUGACUCGGGGGUUGGAAAGACGUCACUUCUCAAGUCAUUAAUGAAUGAUGGCUUUGAUCACCACAUGAUCUCCACCAUAGGUAAGAACAAUUUGCAAUAA